UGGAAAUCCUUUUUAAAUAAGAAAAAACAGUUAUCUUGUUUUGAUGAUAAACACGUGUAAACAUUCUUCCAAAGCUAUUUAUACACUUGUAUAAAAGUCGAUGCAGGUAAAUUUUCUUAGGAAUGCAGACUUCUUCUGGAGCUUACCACGGAUAUUUUAUACUGCGCAGUAUAUAGUUAGAAUGAAGUUGUUUCGUCAAUGAAAGCAUUGAAAAUGGAUAAAAUAAAGUUUGCAGUUAUUGUUAUUAUUAUUACAAUAUUUGUAAAUGGCAUUAAUUGUGACUCUGAUUGUGACUGUAAAAGUAUCAAGGAGCUACAGGAAUUCAUGAAGAAGGAUUUAUAUGAAAAUAAAUUCGAAAUUUCUAAAAUGAAUUCCAGGCUGAGAAGAUUAGAAACUUCAAUGAGGUCUUUCACAAAUACUAACAACAAGGCACCAAGUACAGAAUCCGGCGAACUAUCAACAUCUGGUGUAAAAGGCAACGAAACUCAAGAAUUGUUAGAAACGGAAAUUGACGAUGAGAUCAGUACGGGCGUUACGAACACAACAAGCAAUAUAAAAUCGGAAAUUUUAGACCAAAUUGAAAUGAAAGUUACGUCACUUUCUCUUCAAGUUCAAGAUCUAAAGAAAACUAAUGCUGUGUCAGGGAAGGUUGUGACAAAAACAUUAUCAGCAGAGAAAGGCAGCCGGAAAAAGUUUGAGUUCGAAUUGACAAAUGCAGUGGAAAACAUAAGCAAUUCUGUUAGUGAAAUGAAGAUUGAAACAGAAAGCCUUAUGAACAAAAGUAGUAAUAAAUUGAUUGAAAGAUGUGACAAAUCAUUUAAGAUGAUAAAGGAAGUUAUAGUGAACAUUAACCAAACAAUCAAUGAGAAAAUUAACAAUAUAACCGAUUCUUUAAACAGUCUUACAGAAGAAUUGGCUGACGCUAAUAAAAAAGUCGAUGGUCAGUGGGCAUAUUGGUCCAGUUGGACCUCGUGUAGCGUCUCGUGUGGCACUGGAAUGAUACUACGGACAAGAAGAUGUACAAACCCAAUGCUCGAAAAUAAUGGAAAAGAUUGUUUUGGACAAAGUUUACAGAGUAGUAGAUGUUAUAAACCAUCCUGUUCAGCCGGAAUGUCUGCUUUCUCUGUAAAAGAGCCUAAGUCCUACACUAAGAUAGACCGCGUUGAUAGACUGACUUUUUCAAGAUACAUUUACCAAAUUGGAAAUGAUUUUAGUCCCUCAACUGGAACUUUUACUUGUUCUAUACCUGGUGUAUACUACUUUUCUGCAACAUUGGUGAAAAAACGGGAAUCAUUUAGGGUUGACCGAGUUUAUUGUAGACUGUACAAUGGUGGAGAGCAUCUGGCUACCAUAUCACUCGAUCCAACUGACGAUGAUACAGACAAAGGAAAUGCUGCUAUAACCCAGUCUGUCGUAACUCAUCUUAAAGUUGGGAACAAAGUGUAUCUUACUGAUUGCAUCAGUCAACCAAGCAGAAAUAUGGAAGAUUGGACCACUUUUACCGGAUUCCUUAUAUUUCAUACCGAUUAACUUUUGAAUUCCGUU